GGUACAACUAACUCAAUAAUACUUAGUAGAACUCAGUAGUACAUAGUAGAACUCAGUAGUACUUAGUAGAACUCAGUAUAACUAAUAAAACUUAGUAUAACUAGUAGAACUCAGUCUAACUAACUCGAGUAGUAAUCAGUUUUACAUAGUAUAACUCAGUAGAACUUGGUAUAACUCUACUUGGUAUAACUGCAUUUAGUAGUACCAAUCAGUAGUACUUAGUUAGUAAUACUUAGUAAUAAUCAAUAUAACUUAGUAUAACAUAGUAUAACCAGUAGAAUUUAAUAUAACUAAACAUUAAUAAUAUCCACUAGAACGAAGUAUAACUAUACCGUAUAAUUUAAAAUUUAAAUUAAAGCAACGAGGGUAUAGAAAAUCUGAGAUCCAUUAUCUCUGGGGGCAGUGGAGAAGUUGGCUCGUAUGCCAAUUCCUUCAUUCGGCAAACGCAGAAAGGCAGUCGAAGGUCUUUCGACGGCAAGAAGCAAAACAUUGGAUGCGUGUUCUUGUCUCGUGAUUUCAUGAAUAAUAAUGAUCCGAUUCAUAUUAUUGCAGAACUGACAAGGCAAGACCCGUCUUGCAAAUUACUAUGUUCCUCUUGAGGAGUCUGAGAAACACAAAGUCGAAUACGAGGUUCAGAUUGGUGGUAAAUCGCGACUCGAAGUUCACCAAUUUCGUUGAGUUUAGAACGCAUAAGGUUAUAUACAGGCGCUAUGCAGGCCUGUUUUUCUCCUUGUGCGUUGACAUAACAGACAAUGAGUUGGCUUACCUUGAAUGUAUCUACUUGUUCGUCGAGAUUUUGGACAAUUUCUUCAGCAAUGUCUGUGAGCUUAAUUUGGUUUUCAACUUCCACAAGCAAAUUCUUCAACUAAGGGCUUCCUGGAUGAUUCUUGUUUGGCCUUAGCAUACUGAUGGAUAAUUAUUGUUACCUCCGAAAUUUCUAUGUGUUCUUUGUUCUAUUUAUUUACUUACUAAUUCACAAUGGUUAGUGAUGAUUCUUCUUUGGCAUUAUCAUAUCAAGCUUGCGCUUCGUACUUUGUUAAUGUUUACUAGUAAUUCACAAUUGUUGUUUCAUUUUAAGGUGUACUUAAUACUCGAUGAAUUCAUUCUCGCUGGAGAGCUUCAAGAAACAAGCAAGCGAUGCGCAUAAAACCUUUUUUUUUUGUCUUCUUAUCUCAGAGCUUUUUUUUUCUCGCUUAUUGUUGGCAGCAGUAAACUAAAAAAAGUAGCCAUUAAAUCUCUUGCGUGUAGGCGAUCAUUGAGAGGAUGUCAGAACUGGAGAAGCUAGAGUGAUGAGAUUGGGAGAUUAAAUGUUAGCCAAGAAGGAGAAUGAGCAGUAUGCGUCUUCUGUUUUGCUCUUUUCUUUAUGUUCGGUCUACCACAUUUUCUUUUUGCAUUUUGAUUUAUUAAACCGCAAAUGGUAACAAAACAUAUAUUUGGACUGAUCAAAGAAAGAAACUGAUGGAAGUCAAAUUGUGUUGCUUUCA